UGUGCGUACUUGCGCCGUCAUUUGAAACCGGGCAUGCUGUAGGUAGAACACUGGCGAGAUUUUGGGGGUCUCUCUCUGUCUUUCUUUUCUCUCUCAGUCCAUCCCCUCUUGUUCUCUCUAUCGGUGGAGCUUUACCAUUAAAGGGUCUUUGGGGGUCUCCCUCUUUCUUCUUGCUUUUUUUUGCUUGGAUACUUCUGACCUAGAAGUUUGUGUGUGAGAGUGAAUACAGCCAAUUGGGAGGAUGUACUACGUGAAAAAGAAGUCCCAGUACAAUCUGCUGAGCAGCAGCAUGGAGGCGAGCCUGGGGAGCCAGCGAGCAGCAUCCACCAGCCCCUACAGCUCUGGGGAGAACACGUCCGCGGUGCCCACGCCGUCACCCUACUCGCAGCCCAACAGCACCUUUGACGGCCUGUCGCCGGCGCCCGCUAUCCCGUCCAACACCGACUAUCCAGGGCCACACUGCUUCGAAGUCACCUUCCAACAGUCCAGCACCGCCAAGUCCGCCACCUGGACUUAUUCCCCGCUGUUAAAGAAGCUCUACUGUCAGAUUGCCAAGACAUGUCCAAUCCAGAUCAAGCUGUCCUCAGUCCCACCCCACGCCAGCGUCAUCCGUGCCAUGCCUGUCUACAAGAAGGCAGAGCACGUCACGGAGGUGGUCAAGCGCUGCCCCAACCAUGAGCUGGGGCGGGACUUCAACGACGGCCAGGCGGCCCCCGCCAGUCACCUGAUCAGGGUGGAGGGGAACAACCUGUCCCAGUAUAUGGACGAUCCCAUCACGGGCAGGCAGAGUGUGAUGUUGCCCUAUGAGAACUCACAGGUGGGAACAGAGUUCCCCACCAUCCUUUACAACUUCAUGUGCAACAGCAGCUGUGUGGGAGGGAUGAACAGGAGACCCAUCCUCAUCAUCAUCACCUUAGAGACACGCAAGUAA